AUGUCAAAAGAGAAUACUGUACAUCAGAGAAGAGGAGGAGGAAUAUCAUCAUCAUCAAUCAACCAUUACUCAAAAUAUAAAUCAACGCAAAGUAGUGAAGAUUCAUCUUGGUCAGAUUACGAUGAAGCACAAUUAAAACAUUAUCAACAACAAUCGAGUAGUGGAAUAGGAUCGGCUGCUGCAGAACACAUUGCCGAUCUACUCUCGUUGAAAAAGAGAAAAGAUAGAAUACGAGAAAAAGCAAGACGUCAAUCAUAUUAUCUAUCAACUUGGUUCUUUUUAAAGAUUCUAUCCAUUGUUUUCUUUGUUGCUUUUUUCUCUUCCUAUCUUCAAGUUAAAGGAUUAAUUGGUGAAGAUGGUAUAUUACCAGUAAACACAUUAUUAGAGAGACAACAAAAGAAUUUAAUGGCGUCAGCAUCGCCAUCAUCGACCAAUGAAAUCAAUUCAAUUUGGAUUCUAUUGACUCAUCCAACCAAUGGUUUUGGGAUUAGUGUAAAUAAUACUUUGUAUCUAAUGUGCGUCUUGGGUUUAGUAUUUUCUUCUCUAUCUCUUUUUACAACACCCAUUGCUACCUAUAUUGGCUUUAUGUGGUUCCUUUAUUAUUGUAUUGUAGAUGUUGGUCAAAUAUUUUAUUCCUAUCAAUGGGAUCAAUUAUUAUUGGAAACAUCAUUUUUAGCUAUAUUCUUAUCACCAUUUACAUUUAAAUAUGAUGAUAAACCUUCAACUCCAAUCAGAUAUUUAUUAAAAUGGUUGGUUUUUAGAUUGAUUUUUGGUAGUGGUAUUAUUAAACUCACUCCCAUUUGGUCAUCAUUUAAAGCAAUGUCAUUUCAUUAUGAAACUCAAUGUAUUCCAAAUAUAAUUAGUUAUUAUGUUCAUCAAUUCCCAAAUUAUUAUCAUCAAUUUGAAACAAUGAUGACAUUGGUAAUUGAAAUACUUGUUACACCAUUCUUUUUUGCACCAAGAGUAUUCAAGAUUACAGCAUGUUUGAUCAAUAUAUUAUUGCAAAUCUGUAUCAUUUUAACAGGAAACUACAACUUUUUCAACUAUCUCACGAUUGCACUGUUGUUGAUGCUUUUGGACGACUCUUUUAUUCUCAGUGCAUGUUCUGUCAUUCUCCCAUCACCCUUUUACCAAUAUAUCCGAAUGCUCGAGUACAACAAGACAACAAGUGCUCGUCAAGAUCGCGAGAAACGAAACAAAACCGAUAUUCGAUUCACACUGUCCAACAUCAACUCCAAGAAUCUCUUGAUUCCCUUUAUUUUCAUUCUCGUUGGCAUGUCGACUCUGUACGCAUCGACACGAUACCUCCAACGCCAAAGCGUUCCCACCAUCAUCCAGCGUGUCCACAGUGCCCUUGAUUUUUACCACAUCACUGGCACCUAUGGACUCUUUUCUCAUGUGACUACUGAGCGUUUUGAACUCUCUAUCGAAGGUAGCUAUGAUGGUAUUCAAUGGUACGAGUAUGAAUUUUACUAUAAACCUGGUAAUCUAUCUCGUGCUCCACCAUUGGUUUUCCCUGGUCAUAAUCCAAGAUUAGAUUGGCAAAUGUGGUUUGCAGGUAUUAGUGAUCCAAGAACACAAGGAUGGAUUGUUCAUUUUAUGGCUAAACUAUUAGAAGGAUCACCAGAGGUACUUAGUUUGAUAGAUUAUUCACCGUUUCCAUUAGACAAUCCACCAAAAUAUAUCAAGGCCAACAAAUUUAAAUACCAAUUCACUAAAUGGAAAACAUCGGAUCAGUGGUGGGAAAGAGAAUUUGUCGAUCAUUAUAUUCUACCGUUCGAAUUGGAUUCUCCCUCGUAUAAAUAUUUUCUUCAAGAUAGUAAGAAAUAA